AUGGCUGAUCGCCAGUGGAGUAUUGUUUCUCCUUUGGCAAAUUUCGCCAGCAGCGCCGUCGCCCUGCUUCUUGUUUUCGCCGUGCUGAGUUCGCGAAGAGCGAAUGCGCAGGGCGAGCCGGACUGGCGAGCGGAAACGGCGUCUGUUCUUCAGCAGGUGUCGCAGCAGGCGUUUCUAUCCUCGUUCGCCGCCAUUUUCAGCGAGUUCUGUAACCACCAUGCCCAUGUGCCUCUGUUUGUUCUGCGCGUUCGCAUCCUCCCCCUCUCCUCUCCAAUCGCCUCCCUUCCACCAUUUUUGCAAGGCGGGCAGCAGCCCAUCACAGCCUCCGCCAAGCUGCUCGUCCCCACCAACCUGGGUCACUGGCAAUACCUAGCGCACUGGACCGCCCUCUCCCCCACGCACCAGCACCGGCUACUGCGUUACCACAUCCUCCCCGGCCGCUACACCGCGCAGCAGCUCCUGGACGCCCCGCCGCUCACCCUCUUCCCCACCUUCAACCACCGCCUGCCGCUAAACAGAACGCUUAAGCCGGAAGAAGUGUAUUUCCAGUCAGUUCCGCCGAUGAAAUCCGCGUCACCGCUAAGUGUGCUGGAUGCGGGGCUGACGGCGCACCUGGCUGCGCACGGGGUGACGUUUGUGCUAGAACCACCCAACCUGGAGUGUACCACCGUCGCGUGCAGCAGCAAGGCUGAGAGCACGGCACACAUGGGUUAG